AUCGUCAUCUUUAAGUGAACGUAAUAAACCUUUUCUCGAUAAUCCUCCUUCGAAAGUAUCCGCGUAGGUUCACGUAUUUCGGCGUUAAUAUUAAUAAUUAAUAUCGUCAAUUUUAACAGUUUUUUUUCCAUUUUUUUCUCCCCAAAUAAGUAGGAAAACAAGGAUGAAAAGUUACGAGGCAGCGACAAGAAUAAUAAUCGUAUUAUCGUACGCGACAUCGUUCCGAUAUUACGAGAAGGAAAAGAAUUUGUCGAAAUUCUUGCUCAGCUGGAUCUAUAAUAUCGUCUCGUUCGUCACGUUCGUCUAUUUCAUGUCAUGCCUGGAAAUGCACAAUUUAAGUGGCAUGCCGUACAACAAGGAACGCAUCACGUACACGUUUCUACUUUUCAUCUUUGUCUAUGGAUACAUAAUUAUAAUAAUAACGGGUUGGUGUAAAUCGAAGGAUGUGAUCGCGUUACGAAAACGCAUCGACCAAGUGGACGAAAAUUUGAAGGAGAUCGGGAUCGAGAUCGAGUAUCAAAGCGUGUACCGUAAAGUGAAGAUCACUGGAUUGAUAUGGUUGAUCCAUUCGAUUGUGUUAAUAGGAUUAUUCUUGAACUCGAUAAAAUACAAAAGAAAUAUAUCUGAAAUAAUUACCAGUUUUUCUUACAUAUACAUUAUAAAUUUAGAGUCGUUCGCUUUGUACGACUACGACAUACUCGUGCAUUGGCUGAGACUGAGAUUCGAACAGACGAACGAGCUGCUCGAAACGAUUCUCUCGGAUCGAGGGAAAAUGGAGAAGGGAUCCAAGGAGGAUGCGAUCCUUCUGAGUCCUAAUUUCAGGAAUAGAUCCCGAUCGAACGACAGUUGGUCGUUCCAGCGUUCUCUACACGGUUGCCAAGUAUUUCCUGUGAACCACGUUCCAGCCUCGAGACAGGGAUUGGGCGAGAAAGUUCGUUUGGUUCGACAAAUCAGAUCGGCGCAAUUGCAACUUUCCAAUGUGUCGAAGAUGAUGAACAACGUUUAUAACGUGCAAUUAUUGACGUGUACGUUCAUAAUUAUGAUUUACAUAAUAAUAGAUGCGUAUUAUAUAUACGAGGAGAUCAAAAGAAUGAUCGGUGUUAAGAAAUUGUUAGAGAUGUCGAUACUGUGUAUAUGGAAUAGCUUUGGAAGUUUUAUGAAGGUCGUUUAUUUAGCCUAUUAUUGCGAAUGUGCAAUAAAUGAGGCUAAGAGAACGAUAAACAUUAUUCACUUGUGUCCUUUGGACGAAAAAGACAUUGAAUUAAGAAACGAGUUUCUCCAAUUCUUUUUUCAAAUAUCGUACACGCAACUCGAAGAAUCAAAAACGAUUGAUUAUAAAAUCAAUUAUUGUUACAUUCGACACUGCAUAAGUUUCAUGCUGUCUUACGUUAUUAUCAUGAUACAAUGGAGCCAAAAUUCAUCGAUAAAACACCAUGUCUCGAUGGAAAAUGUGACGAGUUACAACUUGAGCAACGUUCAAACGACCACGAAUCAAAGUUGGAUCGACGUUCGAACAUAAUUUUUCAUACUUGUCGAAUAUAAUAGAUUAUAAAUAAAACAAUAUAAAAUAUUAAAUAUUCUUCCAAUUGUGAUUUUUAACAAAGUUUCAGACUCUUUCAGAAACAGAUAUCAACAUGUUCUUCGAGAUUUCUGCGCUGCUAAAAAUGAGCUAAAAAUUUAGAAAAAAUGUAUCACGCUUCAGAAAAACGCUUUUACAAUUUUAUCGUUAAGACAACAGUUGAACCACGCAUUUAACUAGUUAAUCAUUAACCUUGUUAACAACACUUUCACCGUAAUAUCGAUUCGAACGAGCAAUUGUUGUGCUCGUUCAUUACUUAGCAGCACUACUUAUAUAAUAAUCGUGUCACGAUAACCAUCUACCUAUCGGGAAAUACGACGAUGUAUGAAUAAAAUAAAGAAGGAAAGGCGUUGAAAAGUUGAUCCAGUUCCACUUUCAACUCGCCAUGUACGAGCCGAAAACAUUGAAAGAAACGAUCAAACCGUUGAUGGUGAUGAACUUCAUCUUCGGCAUGGGUGUGACCGGUAUCGAGGC